AUGAAGGUCACCACCCUCGCUGCCGCCCUUGGGGCACUCUCAGUCGCUAAAGCAGCUCCGCAAUACGGCUAUCCGCAGGACGCUCCUCAGUACGCUACUUCGGAAGAGGCGCCGCAGUACUAUACCUCGGAGGCGGCACCUUCUUAUGCUGCUCCGUCCGAAGUUCACGAAGCCCCGUCCUACCCCACCGAGUCCUCCGAGCAGCCUGUGUUUCCUGUCUCCAGCACCUUCACCUCCACCACCACGAAGCGCCACUCGACCAAGUUCAUCACGAUCACGAAGACGAUUCAAUCGGCUAUCUCCGGAAUGCCUUCCACCGUGGUCAUUACCGUGCCCGAGACCGUCACUGUGACCGAUGAUCCCGUUGAUGCUACAACUUCGGCUGAUAGCACCUCGACCGACAGCGACUCAAGUGGCAGCACCUCCACCGAAAGCACCUCCACUGAUGCCAACUCGCCCGAAAGCACCUCCGCCGAAAGCACCUCGACCGACUCUGCUACAGAAUCUACUUCAGACUCCACUACGGAAACUGCCUCCGCGACUGAUUCUGCUACAAGCACUGUCACUGAUUCUACUUCAAGCGAUUCUUCAUCCACGUCUACUUCUACCUCUUCCGCCGCUACGCCUGUCCCAACUGACCAGUCUUGCGACUCGCUCAACAACAGCAACAACGGAGAGGUUAGCAGUGGUGACAAGAACUUCAGCUUGCAAUGCGGAAUGCCCGUGGAUGGAACACCUCUCGAGACGACUUCGAGCGCGGAUUCCUUCGGAGAGUGCCUGAACGAGUGUGGUGCAACAGACGGGUGUGCCGCUUUUACAUUCAAUCCGACCGCAGCUACCUGCACUCUCCUCUCCUCCGUCAGUGAUGGCCUGCCGGACGACACUAAUGGCGACUCUGGCGUCGUGAUUCCUGGAUCCAGCACUACCACAUCUUCAAGCGCGACGGCUUCAACGACGUCCGACGACAGCAGCUCCACCACUUCCGACGUGAGCACCACUGAUAGCGACUCUGCGAGCUCUAGCCAGACGGCCUCUCAGACAACUGGCUCAGCCUCCCAGACAGACACCACCACAACUGAUUCUUCCUCUGAAUCGGGAGUGACGACCGCAUCAAGCGCGUCUCAAACGAGCCAGUCUGAAUCGACAACGGAACCUGGCGCUCAGAGUGAUACUACGGGGUCCGCCAGUCAGACUUCGGACAGCUCUGCCAGUCAGACCUCGGACAGCUCUGCCAGCCAGACUGAUACUUCGGCCACCGACUCACAGACUUCCAACUCUGCAUCGACGACCACAGAUAGCUCUGCUAGCCAGACUGAGAGCUCGACAUCCGAUUCGCAGACUUCAGGGUCGGCGAGUACCACGUCUGCCGAAAGCUCCACGAGUUCAGCAACCUCUGCCAGCGACUCUGCGACCUCCGACAGCAGCUCGGCGACCUCGGAAAGCGCCUCAUCGCAGUCUACAUCGACUGAUUUUGCCACCUCGGCUUCGCAAACUUCUGAGUCGACCACUUCGACUGAUAGCACGCUCACCACGCUGCAGACUACCGUCGUCUCAAGCACGACGAUUGUCAUUCCGAGCUCGACCACAUCCGAGCAGUCUUCGACCACACAAAGCCAGACUACUACAUCCGAGCAGGCUUCAACCACGUCUACUAUUACACAAAGCCAGACCACCACCGCUAGCACAUCGCAGAGCUCCACCAGCGAAUCGACAGGCACCAGCAGUGAUUCUACAACAUCUUCAGCCGGAAGCACGACUUCGGGUUCCACCACCACUUCUGGUUCCGCCACCACUUCUGGUUCCGCCACCACUUCAUCGGCUCCAGCCUCUUCCGGUGCUUGCUCUUCCAUCGGUUCUGGCAACACAUUCGGUAACGGAUACACUGCUCGUUGCGCGAGUGACUACCACGGAUUCGAAGAUGGCAGCGCUGCAGCUGAUAGCUUCGCUGAGUGCGCGCCGCUCUGUGACGCUAAGGACAGCUGCGCUGGCUUCUCUUACAACGGAGAAGUCUGCUUCUUCAAGUCCGCCCAAGGAACUACCCGCCGCUCGGAUCCCAAUGUCGAUGCUGCAUUCAAAGAGGGUCCAUCGGGAGGGACGACAACGACGACCACCACGAACGUGACGAAUGCGAAGCGUCAAGCAUACUACACGGAGACCAAGCCGAUCUACCAAAUACCUUCGACCUACCUGGCCCCUGUUCCGACCUAUCAGGCUCCUUCCACCUAUGGUCUGUCAUCUCCAGGCUAUCAGGUGCCUACAACAUAUGAAACCUCAACGCCAAUUUAUCAGGCACCUUCGACAUAUGGUCUGUCAACUCCAGGCUAUCAGGCGCCUUCAACACAUGAGAUGUCAACGCCAGUUUACCAGGUCCCUUCAAUAUCUGAAACGUCAACGCCAGUUUACCAGGUGCCGUCGACAUAUGUCGUGUCCGUACCAACGUACAGCGCACCGGCUCCUUAUCAGACAACGGUGCCUGGGUCGUACCAGCCUUCUUAUGUUGCUUCCUCCACGACCUAUGUGGUAAGCCAGGCUACUUACCAGGCCCAAUACAAGCGCGCUGAAGAGGAACACCCUGCUUUGCCGGAGACCUACGCAUGCAACCCUGCUCACUCAUACCCGAAUGGCCAGAGCUGCAUCUCUACCGCCGGAAGCCUGACUCUCGUCUCGCCCAGCGCCCACGCCGCUCAGUACCAGACGACGAGCGAGCACCACGCUGUCUACACUACGAAGGAGUCGCACCCAACUUACAUUGCUUCUCCGAAGUCCUCGCCUGCCUACGUGGCCUCUCACCCAACCUACGCUGCGUCCGUGAAGUCUGCCAUUCCAACCUACGCUGCUUCUACCAAGCAUCACAAGACUUCUUCCAAGAUCUCGUACCACAGCUCGCCGCCGGCAAGCUACCAGACUAAGCACACUUCGCCGCCCGCUUCUUACCAGACGAAGAACAGCUCGCCACCAGCUUCGAAGCCACCAACAUACCAGACGACCACGAAGACGUAUGCCGUCGUUCCUUCUGUGCCAGUCUCCAAGCCAACAUACGCGGCGUCUUCUCCCGUGCCGCCUCCAGCUUCAAAGGCUUCUUCUCCUCCCCCAGCCCCACCUGCCAACACCCCAGUCUAUUCUGGAGGAAAGCCACCUGUCGCCCCGCCCGCCGCUCCUCCAAUUGCUCCACCGGCCGCUCCGCCCGCCGCUCCUCCAGUUGCUCCACCGGCCGCUCCGCCUGCCGCUCCACCAACUGCUCCUCCGAUGGCUCCACCGAUGGCUCCUCCGAUGUCUCCACCAGCCGCUCCGCCCGCUGCUCCUCCAAUGGCUCCCCCAGCAGCGCCGCCCGUUGCUCCACCAGCCUCUCCUCAGGCCGCUCCUCAGGCCGCUCCUCCUGCCGCUCCGCCAGUAGCUCCACCAGCUGCCCCGGCCUACACGGGCGCCGCUGAGCGCAAGGAGUUCUCUCCCACUUUCGCACUUUUGCCUCUGGCUUUUGUGGUGUUCGUGUUGUGA